CAGUGAUUCCCGCAGUAGCCCUUUCGUUAACUUCACACCAAAGACGUUGAAACUCCUGACAAAGGGAAACACAAAGCACAAUAAGCAUAUCUGCGGCCCUGAGGGCGCCAAAGCAGCCAGUCUCGCCUCGUGGGGUCGCCAACGAUGUAGAAGCCACAGACCGCCUGCCCGUUUACAGCGUACCAAAAAUUUCAUGUCGGCUACGUAGUUGCUAUUUGAUGUUGGUGGAUCAUGACACGACUUAAUUUUAGCCGUGGUGGUAGUGGUAUUUAGGGGAUGGGAAAUAGCAACCUUUUGCAUUAUGAUGAUCAAUAACAUUAUGACUUUGAUGAUCUUCAUUUGAGGAACCGAAAUAUUUAAUAGGAUUCAUUGCUUAAUUUAUUAUGUCUCUACCUUCAUCUUCAUUGUUUUGAGUGCCGUAGUAUCAGACUCUACAGCACUAGCAGCGUGGUGUUAAAAAAAUUUUGCGUAAGUACUAGAAGAUCAUUCUGAGUUUUCUAUCAGGUCGAGCGGCU